AUGUUGUUGUCACGGGGGCUGCUAGCCUCUACACUCCUUCUCGCCGCCAAGGCACAAGAUGGUAUCGACCAAGCCGCAGUCAACAUUGCUACGGGAUUUGCGGAGACUCUCAUUCAACAUGCUUAUACUACUCUCAACGGAGAUUCAGGAGGUUCUGGUGAUGCUGGAAGCGGUGGAAAUCAGGGCCAAGCUUUCGAUGCGAGUUUACUCGACAAGCAACAGAAUGCAGCUGAUAACGAUGCCACCGUUACUCAGGUCAUACAGGGCCAAGUUACUGUCGAGACAUACACUCGCCCCGGAGGAGUACUAUUCCCCGUGACACUCCUUCCACACCCAAGAAUUACGCUUGCUCCGACCCGUAAUGAUCCUUAUGAAAGGAUUAUCCAGGCCUAUACUGGAGGUAACGAUGCCACUACAAACCAGGAAAUCACAAUUGCCGAGCCCUCGGGAACAAACCCGGGUACUAUUCUCGUUGAUGUUCCUGGUACUGCUUAUUCUUCUUUCUCAUCUGGCCAGGCCGGCGCGUUGACAAUCCCUCCUUCAAACGACAACCCGACAGCCACGAUUAUUUCGGCGUUGCCUAGUGGUGUUGCCAUUACUGGCGAGGCUACGAGGACAAUUCCGGCGGCCGGAAAUGCCCCUGCGACUGUUGUUAUCCAGACUCCUUGGGCAGACGUGCCACCAAGCACUCCUGGUGUUGGAGGUGCUGGCGCUGGAGGCAGUACAUCCAAUGUUUUGGUGAUUCAAACAUACACCGGUACUGAGUACAUCACUCAGGCACGAGUUUCCACCAUUGUUGGCUCUGGAGGAGAUCAGGGCACAGUAGUUGUCCAGGUCCCUCCAGGUAACCAGAAUCCCGGUGGUGCUGUCACGAUUCCUCCGAGCGACGGUGGCCAUUUCACCACGAUUCUCAGGCAAUACACAGGAGCUUCUGCUAUUUCGACUCCUGUCACAAUCCUUGUUCCAACCUCGGCAGGCCAGGAUGGAACAAUCAUUAUUGAGACGCCUGGUCCUUCGAGCGCAGCUGGCACCGGUGGAGAUAGUGAUCUUCCUGAAAACCAACCACAGGUUAUUCCACCCAGCGGCGAUAACCCUUAUUCUACGAUCUUGAGGCCCCACGCGGGUUCCGACCAGAUUACUGAGCCUGUUACGUAUACUGUGCCUCCAUCUGGUACCAAUCCAGGAACGAUUAUAAUCGAGACUCCAGCUGUGCGCGCUGGUCAGCAGGUCAUCACGCUUCCACCCGACCCUAACAGUGGUUAUAUCACCAUUGUUAGACAGCCAAACAGUGUUAUCACUGCACCCAAUACUAUCACGAUCGCACCAUCUGGUGGUCAGCCAGGAACUAUUAUUAUCGAGACUCCUGCCCCUCAACCCAGCGAUGUCGAGAUCACAAUUCCUCCUGGUCAAGACGGUUCUUUCGUGACCAUUAUUCAAGGUCCUACAGGAUCCAAUGCUGUCACAGCCCCUAACACAAUCACAAUCACUGGGGCUCCUGGCCAACCUGGAACAAUCAUCAUUCAGACUCCAGUGCCGUCUGGAGGUGGACAGAUCACUCGAGGCCCUAGUGAUCCUUUCACCAUUCCUGCUGGAUCGGGUCAAUAUGUCACUAUUUUCCGACCUCAUAGCGGUGAUCCAAUUUCGGUUCCGAUUACGCUCACCCAGCCAGGUACGAAUGGUCAACCAGGCACUAUCAUUAUUGAGACGCCUGAUCCGACCACAUCUGCACCAGGAAGUGGGCCUAUUACCAUUCCUGCUGGAGGUAACAGCCCUUAUGUGACUAUCUAUAGGCCACAUAGUGGAAGCCCUAUCAGCGCACCGGUCACGAUCACCAUCCAACCCAGCGGUACCCAGCCGGGGACUAUCAUCGUUGAGACACCAAUACCAACGCUUGAGAACCCCAAGGGCCAGAAUGCGGUUACUUCCCCUGCUGCGGGUGGCCAACCGAUCACCAUCCCUCCUAGCAAGAACAACCCGUAUGUCACCAUCUACCGCCCUCAUACAGGUGACCCCAUUACCGUGCCCAUCACCAUCACUCAGUCUCCCUCAAACGGACAGCCUGGAACCAUCAUCAUUGAGACUCCAGCUCCGCCAGCUGACACCGUCACUGAGACUGAACCUGGUGCGACCGUGACGGUUCAACCUGAUAACCCUGGUGGAUACACAACCAUAUAUCGACCACAUACAGGCGAUCCAAUCUCUGAGCCCAUCACUGUCACAACGAUUAGUGGUUCGAAUGGCCAGCCAGGAACCGUUAUCAUUGAGACUCAAGGCCCCUUCACAGUCACUGCCACUGGCCCCGGUGGUACUGCCACUAUCUACACUCCUGGAUCAGAUGUCAGCACCACAGUUACGAAAACCGUCACAUUGACAGCUUCUGGAGGUCAACAAUCUACCGCAGUUGUUAUUGAGACUCCACCUCCAAUAAAGGUUCAACCCACAACUGCAAUGGUUACGGUGACUGGCCCUGAUGGAUAUGUCACGAUUACUGAACAGUACACCGGGACGAGUGUUAUUACGGCCAUCUUUACCACCACAAUCACUGGAUCUGGCACAAAUCCUGGCACGGUUUUCAUAGAGACACCGCCACCAGUCAAGUUCGCUCCCACUUCAACGGUUUCUGGCACCGACAACUAUGUCACUGUCUAUGAACCGUUCCCCGGCCCAGGCAUCAUUACGGCACCCAUUACCGUUACGCAGGCCACUCCUUCCGGUGGGCAGCCGGGUACAGUGAUUAUCCAGACUCCUGUUGCGGACACCCCCACGACUACAUCAUUGCCAGAUCCUACUACUACUCAGGGACCUGAUGGUUAUGUCACUGUGUAUCUUCCGUUCCCUGGACCUGGUGUCAUUACCACGUCCUAUACCAGGACACAGGCCCCUUCAGGUGGAAAUCCUGGAACUGUUUUUAUUACAACGCCAGCCCCUCUACCUGCUACAACUUCUGAGGCAAAUCUUCCUAGUACUACCUCUGGAACAGACGGCUAUGUGACAGUUUUUAUCCCAUAUCCGGGACCGGGCGAGAUCACUGCGCCUAUCACCAGGACUCAGCCACCUGCAAAUGGCCAACCUGGUAUUGUCUUCAUUACCACACCUGUCCCUGCGUUCACUACACCCAAGCAGAUGAACGGGCAGACUUCAACGUCUCAAGGAACGGAUGGGUAUGUCACAGUUUUUGUUCCUUACCCAGGACCAGGCGAGAUCACUGCACCCAUCACAAGCACCCAGCCGCCUGCCAAUGGCCAGCCUGGUACUGUUUGGAUCACUACACCUGUUCCUGCAUUCACUACACCAAAGCAGAUGAAUGGGUUGACUUCCACUUCCCAAGGACCAGAUGACUAUGUGACAAUAUUCCUGCCCUUCCCUGGCCCAGGUGUAAUUACUGCUCCUAUCACAAGUACCCAGCCCCCUGCUAACGGCCAGCCCGGAACCGUUUUCAUCACAACGCCAGCACCGCUGUCCACUGAUCAGCAGAAUGUGGCAACCACUACAACUGGUGAUGAUCAAUAUGUGACCGUUUUCCUACCCUUCCCGGGUCCUGGUAUUAUCACUGCACCUAUUACCCGCACCCAGGCACCGUCUGGUGGCAACCCAGGAACUGUGUUUAUCACGACACCGGCUCCUGAGACUACGGCCCAGCCCCAGACUUCUGCCCUUGCUACGGAUAACUAUAUCACCAUUUACACCCCUUUCCCAGGACCAGGUGUAAUCACCGCACCUAUCACUAUUACCAAGACGCCAUCUAAUGGCCAGCCCGGAACAGUCCUUAUUGAGACCCCUGUCCCAGUGAGCUCUAGUGCCGAUACCUACGUGACAGUCUACAGGCCCUACCCAGGUCCUGGAACGAUCACUGCACCAAUAACCCUGACUCAGGCUCCUUCUAACGGCCAGCCUGGUACGGUGUUUAUCGAGACUCAGCCAACAGAAACGCCGACUCCAACAACGCAAACUACUGAUGGUUCUACUCCUCCUAUUACCAUCCCUCCUGAUCCGACUGGUUCUUAUGUGACAAUCUACCGACCGUAUCCCGGCCCUGGCCAGAUUACAUCUCCCAUCACAUACACUCAAGCCCCUGUUUCUGGACAGCCCGGUACAAUUAUCAUCGAGACUCCCAAUCCUGAUGCCAAUACUGCCACCCAGACAGGCCCAGUUACUGUCCCCACUGGAAGCAACAACCCAUAUGUCACGGUAUAUAAACCCUACCCUGGCCCCGGAAACAUUGAUCAGCCUAUCACUAUUACUGCUGCGACUCCCACAGGUGACCAGCCAGGCACGAUCAUCAUCGAGACACCUACACUAGAGGUCAACACCAAGUUUGCCCCGUCGCCAACUUCUUCGUCGCCAGUUACCAUUCCGGCUGACAACAACAACUAUGUCACUGUCUAUAGGCCACACACUGGAUCUCCGAUCACUGCGCCAAUUACUGUCACUACCAUUGCACCUUCAGGGGGACAGCCUGGCACCGUGCUCAUUGAGACGCCAGCACCCGAGUCUCAGUCAGAGGUCCAGCCUACAACCACAGACAGCCCGCCUGUCACCAUUCCCCAAGGUCAAGACGGAUACGUGACAGUCUACCGCCCGUAUCCCGGUCCUGGUGUUAUCACAGCCCCAGUCACUGUGACUACUAUUGCGCCGACUAAUGGUCAACCUGGAACUGUGAUCAUCGAGACACCUGCUCCUGAGGCUCCAACUUCUUCUCCAUCUGAUGAGCCCCAGACUACAGCUUCUGCUGUCACCAUUCCCGCUGAUAACGCUGGCUAUGUGACUGUGUACAGACCUUACCCAGGACCUGGAACAAUCACCGCCCCUCUUACCGUUGGAACUGUUGCACCAACUAAUGGCCAGCCUGGAACGGUCAUCAUUGAGACACCAGUGCCUCAAGCCGCGCCGGAGACCACAUUAGCACCCAAAGUUACUUCUACUCAGGGAACUGAUGGUUAUAUCACGGUAUUUCGGCCAUACACUGGCACUGGUCUCAUUACAGCGGCUAUCACUGUCUCUACCAUUCCUCCCUCUAAUGGUCAACCAGGAACCAUCAUCGUCGAAACACCUGUGCCUCAGGAUCCAACGACCACAACUAGUGAUGCUGCGCCUGUUACCAUUCCACCAGGACCCGGAAAUUCCUACGUGACGGUUUAUAGACCUCAUACGGGUACUGACAUUAUCACGGCACCUAUGACGGUUACUACUAUUGAAGGAGUUAACGGUCAGCCCGGAACCAUCAUUAUUGAGACACCAGUACCUCAGGCGGCAACCUCGACAGAUGAAUCUACCGAGGCUGCACCUGUGACUAUUCCACCCGGUCCGGACAGGUCCUACAUCACUGUCUAUAGACCACAUACAGGAAGUGAUGUCAUUACGGCACCUGUGACCGUAACUACUAUCCCAGGCAUCAAUGGACAGCCGGGAACAAUCAUUAUCGAGACUCCCGCGGCCCAGGAUACUAAUGCACCUAGCACUGCCCCUGCAAGCCCUGGCAGUACCUAUGUCACCGAAUAUCGCCCAUAUCCUGGACCAGGAAAUAUUGAUCAGCCUAUCACGGUUACAACUAUCGAGCCCUCCAACGGGAACCCAGGAACUGUUGUCAUCGAGACACCUACUCCAGAUGUCAACACGAAGGUUGCCCAGCCUCCGGUUACCCUCGAUCCUGGCCCAGGCGAUCAGUAUGUUACUGUCUACAGACCAUACACAGGUACUGGGGUCAUCACUGCACCUGUCACCGUUAGUACCAUUGCACCUUCAGGUGGCCAGCCCGGAACAGUUAUCAUUGAGACUCCCGAACCGGAAACUCCUGGCUCUAAUCCAACAGUGACCUUGCCCACUGGCCCUAAUGAGUCUUACAUUACUGUGUUCCGACCUCAUACGGGCACUGAUGUGAUUACUGGCCCUGUCACGAUUACAACUAUCGCACCAGCCAAUGGCCAGCCCGGAAUUGUCAUCAUCGAAACUCCUGUUGAGUCUGAGCCUGCCUCUACCCCGGCUCCUGUUGAUUCAGCAACGAGCGCGCCUCCUCAAGCUACUUAUGUUACGGUCUAUCGCCCUCACACUGGAUCAGACCGCAUUACUGCGCCCGUUACUGUCACAACCAUUGAGCCUUCAGCAGAUCAGCCGGGAACAGUCAUCAUUGAGACCCCUGAUCAAGAUUUACCUCCUGUAGCAACCUCUGCAGGACCUCUUGCCACCUAUGUUACGGUUUACCGACCUUACACAGGAGCAGACAGGAUCACAGAACCUGUCACUGUCACGACUAUUGAGCCGACUAACGGCCAGCCCGGUACAGUAAUUAUUGAGACUCCAGGACAGCAAGCGCCUCCUGUGACGACCACCCCUCCCCCUGCUACUUACGUAACUAUCACUAGACUCUACACUGGAACAGACCAGAUCACAGAACCAAUCACGAACACUAUACCUCCCCAAGGGGAUCAACCUGGUACUGUAAUCAUUGAGACUCCAGGCCAGCAAGUGCCGCCGGUAACCUCAACGCCUGGUCCUGCUUCAUAUGUGACCAUCACCAGGCUUUACACAGGUACAGAUCAGAUCACAGAGGCUAUAACGAGCACUAUCCCCCCUCAGGGUGAUCAGCCUGGAACUGUCAUUAUUGAGACGCCUGGCCAACAAGUGGCCGCUAUGACCUCCUCUUCCGUACCUCCUUCUUAUGUGACAACGACGGUUCCCUAUACUGGCACUGAUCAGAUUAGCGUACCUAUUGUUACUACUGUCUCUCCCCAAGGCGACCAGCCGGGGACUGUCAUCAUUGAAACACAGGCUCCGUUUGUGACAGUCUAUCGUCCGCAUACAGGGCGAGAUCAGAUCACCGGUCCAGUCACUGUCUCGACCAUUGCUCCCACAGGAGAUCAGCCUGGCACGAUCAUCAUUGAGACUCCUGGCGCGGCCCCUGCUGUCACAACUACACCACCUGCGCCAUCGUAUGUCACUAUCACUACUCUAUACACUGGAACGGAGAUACUCAGCGAACCCACUACCGUCACUACAAUCCCCCCUCAAGGAGAUCAACCUGGUACUGUCAUUGUUGAGACCCAAGGCCCUUUCGUGACAAUUUCAACACUUUAUACUGGAACAAGUGUAAUCACAGCGCCGACUGCCCUCACAACGAUUCCUCCUCAGGGUGGACAGCCUGGAACUAUUGUUAUUGGAACACCAGGAUCAUACGUCACAACGACUGUUCUGUAUACCGGAUCUGACUCGAUUACUGGCCCCACAGCGUUUACAACCAUUCCACCACAAGGUGAUCAACCGGGCACGGUCAUUGUUGGAACUCCCGGAUCUUAUGUCACAACAACUGUGCUUUACACUGGCACCGAUUCGAUUACUGGGCCUACAGCUCUCACAACGGUUCCCGCUCAAGGCGACCAGCCUGGCACCGUUGCCAUUGCCACGCCCCCUUCGUAUGUCACGACAACUAUUCCUUAUACUGGAACCGAUCAAAUCACUGCUCCAAUCACAGCUACUACCAUUCCUCCCUCAGGGAACCAACCCGGAACUGUUGUCAUCGAGACCCAGGCCCCAUUUGUAACGAUUUAUCGCCCUCACACUGGUAUCGACAGAAUCACUGCGCCUAUUACGGUUUCGACCAUCGCCCCAUCUGGUGACCAGCCAGCUCCAACAUACACGACACUUUAUGAGGAGUACUCCGGCACCGAUGAUAUUACUGAGCCUUUCGUCAAGACAACUAUUGAGCCACAAGGUGACCAGCCCGGCACCAUUAUCUUUGAUACUCCUGCCCAGCGAGUCGUGUCCACCAGUGCUGCACCGCCUUCCUAUGUUACGGUUUACCAGCCUCAUUCUGGCCCAGACAGAAUUACUGCCCCUGUUACUGUCACAACCAUCCCUCCACAGGGAGAUCAGCCGGGCACUGUUAUCAUUGAAACACCAGGUUCGGAGCCUGCCAUCACGCCGACGCCCGCCCCUGAGCCAUCUUAUGUUACAGUGUAUCAGCCCCAUACUGGGCUCGACAGAAUUACUGAGCCCGUCACUAUCACAACCAUUCCUCCCCAAGGCGAUCAGCCAGGUACCGUGAUCAUUGAGACACCAGGGGCAGAACCCCCUGUAACUUCAGGACCUACUCCUGAACCCUCCUACAUCACAAUCUACCAGCCACAUACCGGCCUUGAUAGAAUCACCGAGCCUAUCACACUUACAACGGUCCCUCCUCAAGGCGACCAGCCUGGUACCGUGAUCAUUGAGACACCAGGAGCGGAGCCUCCUAUGACGUCGGGACCUGCCCCGGAGCCUUCAUAUGUGACGAUCUAUCAGCCACAUACUGGAUCUGAUAGAAUUACUGAGCCUGUUACACUUACAACUAUCUCUCCCCAAGGAGAUCAGCCAGGCACGGUUAUCAUUGAAACCCCGGGCUCGGAACCCCCUGUUACUUCAACCCCAGCUGCUGAGUCUUCGUAUAUCACGAUCUAUCACCCAUACACUGGUACAGAUCAGAUAACAGCUCCAGUUACACUGACCACUAUCGAGCCAUCCGGGGAUCAGCCUGGAACCGUCAUCAUCGAAACGCCUGGAUCCGCGCCUCCGGUCACAUCAGCCCCUGCGCCUGAACCUUCAUACGUGACAGUCUAUCGACCGCACACGGGCGCUGAUCAGAUCACUGCACCAGUUACCAUCACCACCAUUGAGCCUCAAGGAGACCUACCAGGAACUGUGAUCAUUGAGACACCUGGCUCUGAACCAGCAGUGACCUCUUCACCAGAACCUGCUCCUCAGCCCUCAUAUGUGACAGUAUAUAGACCUCAUACUGGUGCUGACCAGAUCACUGCACUGAUCACAAUCACGACAAUCGAGCCUCAAGGGGACCAGCCAGGAACCGUGAUCAUCGAGACACCAGGCUCUGAGCCUCCUGUUACCUCGACACCAGCUCCCUCAUAUGCCACCAUCUAUGAGCCUUACACUGGUACAGGAGAGAUUACAGGCGAAGUUACCGUCACAACCAUUCCUCCCCAGGGUGAUCAGCCGGGUACUGUCAUCAUUGAGACACCGGGUCCGCAAACCGCAAACAAGGGAGCGAACCCUCCUCUUACUAUUCCUGCUGGAGACGAUAGCUACGUGACGGUCUUCAGGCCUUACACAGGAACCCCUAUGAUAACAGCGCCCGUCACGGUUACGACCAUCUCUCCGUCUGGUGGCAACCCAGGUACUGUUAUUAUUGAAACACCAGCACCUGAAGCCGCAGCUACCUCGGCACCCGAGGAUGUUUAUGUUACCGUCUACACCAUUUACACUGGCACUGGUCAGCUUACGGCGCCAAUUACUGUCACAACCAUUGCUCCUGUCUCUGGAACUGGUACUAUCAUCGUUGAGACUCAGGCCGAGUCUACUGCUCCCCCGCCUGUCACGAUCCCGCCUAGUGACAAUAGCCCCAACAUCACCAUCGUGCGUCAGUAUCCUGGCCCAGGAGUCAUCACCGCCCCUGUGACCUCGUACGAGCCGCCAAGUACGCCUGGACAGCCUGGAACGAUUAUCAUCGAGACGCCAGCCCCCGUUUCUGAGACUACAUCUGAGGCACCAGGCACCAAUGUUACACUCUACACCUUGGCUCCCCCGGGUGUCAAGACUCCCAUCACUAGUUACGCGUCCCCACAAACACCAGGCCAGCCAGGAACUGUUUUCAUUCAGACGGUGGCCACUGAUGCUGAGUCUACCUCUGAGGAAGGUAGAAACGUGACUAUUUACACUGACGGCCCUGAUUCUCUUACUGCACCGUACACUACCUACUACCCUCCUGGCUCCCCUGGAGAUCCCGGAACCGUGCUCAUUGAGACUCCUCCUCCAGUUCCUACUGGUCCCGCCUCAGUAUCGGCAGUGCCCACCACUGACGAUUCGGCCAGUGGCAUUACAACACCUGCUUCGAGCAACCCCGAUGCACUCACCUUGACUCCGAGCGAUAGCAACGAUGACUUUACUGUCAUUGAACCGAACACCAGGUUCGCUGAUGCUAGCGAGAAUGUCACACAGAUUAUCCCCGCCACUGAUGGAACCCCCGGAACACAGAUCAUCUACACACCUAUGGAUACAUCGGGAGAGUCAUCCGCUGGUGCACCGGAUACUGACAGUUAUGUUACCAUCAGUGCGACAGUCACUAUUCCUGGAGAUCCCUCAACACGUACCGGGUCCAACUCCGACGCCGGAAGCGACGCAGGUACCACCGGCGCGGAAACCAAUGUCAUCAUUAUUCCCCCUAGUGGUACUGAGCCAGGAACGGUUCUCUCGCAAACUAGUGUUUACUUGGACCAGGCUUUGGCUGAACACGGAAAUGUGACGAUCACAAGGACAGCACCCAGUGGUGUUACCACAAGAUUCACUACCUACUCACCCCCAGCUCAAAAAGCUGAUCCAGGAACCAUCAUCAUUGAGAUUCCAGACUACAAUGUCACCAUUACGAGGGCAGCCCCUACUGAUAUCACAACCACAAUCACAACCUACUCGCCUCCUGCAACGCCCGGCGACCCAGGUACUGUCAUCAUCGAGACGCCUGAUUAUAAUGUCACCAUUACUCGUGAGGCGCCCGCAUCGAUCACAAGUCUCCGCACAAGCUACGCUCCUCCAGGAACUCCCGGCGAUCCUGGCACUGUAAUCGUUGAAACUCCAAACAACGACUACAACGUGACCAUCACUCGUGGCGCCUCGAUUACAGCCCCCUAUACCACGUACUCGCCUCCUGGCGCCUCAGGAGAUCCAGGCACCAUUAUCGUCGAGACGCCAGAUUACAAUGUCACCAUUACCCGAGAGGCACCAGCUUCGAUUACUGAUGUACGGACGACAUACAAUCCUCCAGGCACUCCAGGCGAUCCAGGGACGGUCAUCGUCGAGACACCAAACAAUGCCUAUAACGUCACCAUCACAAGGGCAGCUCCCGCUUCGAUUACAAAUAUAUUUACCACCUACUCGCCUCCAGGUGCUCCUGGUGACCCCGGCACCGUUAUUGUUGAGACACCCGACUACAAUGUUACUGUUACUCGUGGUGCCUCGAUCACGGCCCCUUUCACAACGUACUCGCCGCCAGCUACACCUGGAGAUCCCGGCACAGUCAUUGUAGAGACACCCGAUUACAAUGUCACCAUCACACGAGAAGCACCAAGAAUCGUCACAACCUUGCGUUCAUCGUAUGCCCCACCUGGAACUCCCGGUGAUCCGGGCACCGUUAUCAUCGAGACACCUCCUGGUCCUUACAAUGUGACGACGACUCGUGGUGCUUCAACAAUCACGGCGCCAUUCACAACUUACUCGCCUCCCGAUGGACCUGGCGACCCCGGCACCAUUAUUGUUGAAACCCCUAACUAUAAUGUCACCGUCACCAGUGACGCUGACUCUACGGACGCUGCAACAGAUAUUGUCACCAGGUAUAACCCUCCUGGCACCCCAGGUGAUCCAGGUACCAUCGCCAUCAUCAUGCCGAACCAGAGAGUUGUGUCGACUUCUCAAGAUCCAUCCACUACCGAUGAUCCUGGACAAAACGUCACUGUCUACAGGCCUGGCCCACGAACGAUGACUGGUCCUGUCACUUCAUACAUACCUCCCGCGAACCGUGGCGACAACGGUACGGUAAUCAUCGAGACCCCUGGUUCUGCCACUCCUUCCAAUGUGACAAUGACCCAGACUAUCAGCACCAUUACGGCGAUCUACACUACCUACUCACCGGCCGGUGCUGAAGAUGAUCCGGGAACUAUCAUCGUUGGAAUACCACCUGAUCGAAAUGUGACCAUCACAGAGGUGGUCAGCACUAUCACGGCUCCUUACACUAAAUAUUCUUCUCCUGGCUCGCCUGGCGAUCCCGGCACUGUCAUUAUCGAGGUGCCCCCCGACCACAACGUGACUGUCACUGAAGUCAUCAGCACUAUCACCUCUCCCUACACAAGGUACUCCGCGCCUGCAAAUCGUGGAGAUCCUGGUACAGUGUAUAUCGAGCUGCCCCCAGAUUCCAAUACUACCAUCACGACUGAGGUGGAUUCACGAACAGCGCCUUAUACCACCUACUAUCCUCCCGGUUCCCAGGGAGACCCUGGCACUGUUCUUAUUGAAUUGCCUCCUAGUCGCAACGUCACCAUCACGACCGAAGUCGCGAGCCGGACUGCGCCUUUUACAACAUACUCAGCGCCGGCCAACAAAGGAGAUCCAGGUACUAUCAUCGUCGAGAUGCCUUCUGACAGGAAUGUCACGGUCACGACCGAGGUGGCUAGUCUCACUGCUCCGUAUACUACCUAUGCAGCCCCUGCCAACAAGGGCGAUCCAGGAACUGUCAUCGUGGAGAUGCCACCUGACAGGAAUGUCACCAUUACAACUGAAGUGCCCACGCGCACCGCUCCGUAUACAACAUAUUCUGCUCCAGGAUCUCCAGGCGAUCCCGGCACCAUUAUCGUGGAAUUGCCCCCAGACCGCAACGUCACGAUCACUACCGAGAUCUCUAGUCUCACUGCUUCCUACACGACUUAUUCUCCGCCAGGAAGCAAGGGCGAUCCAGGCACAAUUAUCAUUGAACUGCCUCCUGAUCGUAACGUGACUACCACGGAAGAGGUUCCUACGUUGACUGAGGCCUAUACUACUUAUUCACCACCGGGUAACCGCGGUGAUCCCGGCACUGUCAUUGUGCGACUCCCGCCUGACAGGAACGUGACUAGAACGACCGAGAUCGCUACACUGACUGCUCCGUAUACAACCUAUUCUCCGCCCGCAAACAGGGGCGAUCCGGGUACUGUUAUCAUCGAAUUGCCUCCUGAUAGGAAUGUCACCACUACGGAAGAGGUCAGCACAAUCACCCGGAUCAGAACAACAUAUAUGCCUCCUGCCAAUCGAGGAGAUCCCGGCACAGUCGUUGUACAAGAGCCUCCGGACACCAACACUACUAUCGUUGAUGUCGUGCCCACGAUCACACGCCCAGCCACUCGGUUUGUGCCCGCUGCCACGAAGGGUGAUCCAGGCACUGUCUAUAUCGAUGUGCCCCCGAACCACAAUGUGACAAUGACCACAACUGUCAGUACAAUCACUCGACCAAGCACAACGUUUGAACCCCCUGCUACUGAAGGCGAUGCAGGCACCGUGCUCGUCCAGAUGCCCCCUGAGUACAACGUCACCACAACUCAGACAGUUGAAACAAUCAGUAGGCCAGUCACUCGGUACUCCAGCCCUGCUGAGAUUGGCGACCCUGGCACUGUGUAUCUCGAUCUACCACCCGAGUACAACGUUACUGUCACAACCACGAUCUACAGCAUCACAAGACAGAGCACGAACUUUGCUUCUGGUGCUACCCAAGGAGAUCCUGGUACUGUCAUCAUUGAGAUGCCUCCUGAGUAUAAUGUGACUACAACACAGACUGUUGAGACAAUCAGCAGACCAGUCACUCGCUACUCCAAGGCCGCUACUGUCGGCGACCCCAACACUAUUUACGUUGAACUUCCGCCGGAAUACAAUAUCACUGUAACCACAACAGUCCCCACAAUCACGAGACAGUCCACGACAUUUGCUCCUGCUGCUACUCAAGGCGAUCCUGGCACCAUCAUUAUCGAAAUGCCGCCCGAGUAUAACGUCACGACGACUCAAACCGUUGAGACCAUCAGCAGACCGGUCACUAGAUACUCGAAGCCGGAUACUAUUGGCGAUCCCGGCACUAUUUUCGUUGAUUUGCCGCCGGAAUACAAUGUUACCAUCACGACUACCGUCGACACAAUUACAAGACCUUCAACUACGUUUGCCCCAGCAGGUACCCAAGGAGAUCCGGGCACUAUAAUCGUCGAGCUUCCGCCUGACUCUAACGUCACAACAACUCAAACUAUCUCUACGAUCUCGAGACCAACAACCCGUUACUCUCGUCCAGGCACAGUUGGAGAUCCCGGUACCGUGUAUAUUGAUCUCCCGCCGGAAUAUAACAUUACCGUCACCACAACCAUCAAGACCAUCACAAAGCCUUCAACCACCUUUGCUCCAGCUGGAACUCAGGGCGAUCCUGGCACUAUCAUUAUUGAGCUCCCCCCUGAUUCCAAUGUCACGGUCUCAUCAACAGUCCCCACCAUCAGCCGCCCUGCCACACGCUUUGCAAGCCCUGCAGCCGUGGGUGAUCCUGGCACCGUUUAUGUUGAUCUGCCACCGGAGUAUAACGUCACCACAACUGAGACUGUCAGCACUAUCAGUCGUGUCCGCACAACCUUCAAUCCAGCUGCAACCGAAGGCGACCCAGGCACUAUCCUAGUCGAGGUUCCAGUUGACUACAACGUCACAACCACUGAGUUGAACAGUGCGAUCAACAGGGUUAGGACUACCUAUAUGCCUGCUGGUACGCAAGGUCACCCAAAUACUGUCCUUGUUGAGAUCCCCCCUGACUACACUAUCACAACAACCGAGACUGUCACUUCAAUUACUCGAGUCCGAACUACCUACAUGACUGCCGCGACGCAGGGUGAUGCCAACACGGUUCUUAUCGAGGUCCCCCCGGACUACAAUGUCACAUCCACGGAGACUGUCAGUUCGAUCAACAGGGUCAGGACGACUUAUAUACCUGCCGGUACUCAGGGUGACCCUAAUACCGUCCUUGUCCAAGUUCCUCCUGAUUACACUGUCACAACUACUGAAACCAACAGUGGUAUCAGCCGUAUCCGAACUACUUAUAUGACUGCAGCGACGCAGGGUGACCCCAACACGGUCCUUAUCGAAAUCCCUCCUGAUUAUAACGUCACGUCAACCGAGACUGUCAGUUCGAUCAACAGAGUCAGGACAACGUAUAUGCCCGCCGGAACCCAGGGUGACCCCAACACGGUCCUUAUCCAGGUUCCUCCUGAUUAUACCGUCACAACCACCGAGACCAACAGUGGUAUCAGCCGUGUCAGGACCUCAUAUAUGACUGCUGCAACACAGGGCGAUCCCAAUACGGUCCUCGUUGAGGUUCCGCCGGAUUAUAAUGUCACAUCAACCGAAACCAUCAGCACGAUCAACAGGGUCAGGACAUCAUACUACCCUGCCGGCACCCAAGGAGAUCCUAAUACGGUUCUCAUUCAGGUUCCUCCUGAUUACACUCUGACAACGACGGAAACCAACAGUGCGAUCACUCGGGUCAGGACCACAUAUAUGCCUGCUGCCACUAAGGGCGACCCGAACACGGUUCUCAUUGAAGUCCCACCGGAUUCCAAUGUGACGACAACCCAGACCAACAGUGCAAUUAGUCGCAUUAGGACCACCUAUAUGCCAGCGGGCACUCAGGGUGAUCCCAAUACCGUACUCAUUGAGGUCCCUGUCGACUACAACGUGACCACCACCCAAACCAACAGUGCGAUCACGCGGGUUAGGACCACCUAUAACCCGGGUGCAACUCAAGGCGACCCUGGAACAGUUUUGGUUCAGGUACCAGUUGACUAUAACGUAACAACCACUCAAACUGUCAGCACAAUCAGCCGAGCUAGAACGACAUACAACCCUGCCUCUGUUCAAGGUGACCCUAAUACAGUCCUUGUGCAGGUGCCCGUUGACUACAAUGUCACUACUACUCAAACAGUCAGUACGAUCAGUCGGGUCAGAACAUCAUACUACCCAGCUGCCACUCAGGGAGACCCUAACACGGUCCUGGUCCAGGUCCCAAUGGACUAUAAUGUCACAACUACUCAAACUGUCAGCACAAUCAGCCGAGCUAGAACGACAUACAAUCCUGCCUCUGUUCAGGGUGACCCCAACACAGUCCUUGUACAGGUGCCUGUCGACUACAAUGUCACUAGCACUCAAACAGUCAGCACCAUCAGCCGGGUCAGAACGUCUUAUUACCCAGCUGCCACUCAAGGCGACCCCAAUACGGUCUUGGUCCAGGUCCCGAUGGACUACAACGUGACAGUUACCCACACAAUCACCACUAUCAGUCGUGUGAGGACAAUAUAUGGUCCUGCUGCCACACAAGGAGACCCUGGAACCAUCUACGUGGACGUACCGCCGGAGUACAACGUCACCGUCACUUCAACUGUCAGUACGAUUUCGAGAGCAUAUACCACCUAUUCUGCGCCUGGUACACAAGGUGAUCCAGGCACCAUAUGGGUAAGGCUGCCGCCUGCAUAUAAUGUAACAACCACUCAGAUCGUCCCCACAAUCACUCGUAUGUCUACAACAUAUGCUCCUCCAGCUACACAGGGUGAUCCCGGAACCUUCAUUGUGCAGGUUCCCCCUGACCGUAAUGUCACUACCACUGAGACUGUUCCCACGAUAUCUCGACCUGCAACCAGAUAUGUGGCCCCGGCUACUCAGGGAGAUCCAGGUACAGUUGUGGUGCAGAUGCCACCACAGUACAAUGUCACGACAACACAAACAGUAUCAACUAUCUCUCGCGUGGCUACUGCGUAUAACCCCCCAGCUACACAGGGAGACCCAGCCCCUGCUACACAAGGUGACCCCGGAACCGUCUGGGUCCGGGUACCUCCUGAGUAUAAUGUCACCUCUACGACUACGGUCUCAACUAUUUCUCGCCUCACAACCACAUACGCACCCCCGGCUACUCAGGGUGAUCCGGGUACUUUCAUCGUGAGAGUACCUCCAUCUUACAACGUCACCACGACUGAGACCGUGUCAACCAUUUCACGUGUUGCAACAGCCUACUCACCGCCAGCCACCCAAGGAGAUCCUGGUACCGUCAUCAUACAGAUGCCUCCGGCUUAUAAUGUCACGACCACAACCACUGUCUCAACUAUUUCCCGGCUUACAACAACUUACGCACCUCCAGCUACCCAAGGCGACCCAGGUACCUUCAUUGUGCGCGUACCUCCCAAAUACACUGUCACGACGACACAAACAGCCAGCACUAUUACCCGACCUACUACUGUGUUUGCGCCUGCCCAGACUCAAGGCGAUCCCGAUACUGUCAUCGUGCAAUAUCCCCCUCCUUACAACGUCACGGUCACUACAGCUGGACCGACAACGCUCACUGCACGAUACACUACAUAUUCACCACCUGGCCAACCUGGCGAUCCUGGUACCGUCAUCGUCGAGAUGCCACCGAGUCGCACAGUCACAAUCACUACAAACGGUGGCACUACAAUCUCUACCCCUGUUACCUCCACUUAUGCUCCGGGUGAGCCUGGCGACCCUGCCACCGUGGUCAUCGCAACUCCAGCUCCCCGAUCUACUACAUCUACAACAUCUUCCAGGCCGCUCACCACCAGCAGCACUACAACUACUGCGCCGGCAGCUACUGUCUCCUUCAAUUGUGAUGUAUACGGUUACCUCAUGCAGAAGACGGCUCUCUACCGUGUCGAGAUCACGUCUGGUAAGACGACUCUUAUCAAGAGUGAUGUCGGUCCUGGUGGUUGGAUCAACGCCAUCGGUUACAACCGUUUCGACAACUACAUCUACGGUAUGCACAUGGAUGAUACGGGUUCUCAAGUUAUCCGUAUUGGUGGCGACGGUGGUUGGACACUGCUCGGCACUCGUACCAAUGAUCGUCUCGUCCAGAUGGGUGAUAUCGAUAACCAAGGUCGCUUCUGGAUCUCGAACCAGGGAGAAGGCUGGUGGUGUAUCGAUCUCAUGCCUGGCUCAUCCACUUACGGCAAGAUUCUCAUGAGCGGCACCGCCAAGAACCCUCUCAACUCUGCCGAUUGGGCCUUCGUCCCUGGAGGAGGCGACUUCAUGUACUCCAUCAUGUACGACGACCAGGGCAAGACAUCCACGCUAUGCAAGUUCAGCCGUACGACAUACACAUGGACAACCAUCCAGGGCUUCGGUAUGAUUGCUGGUCAGAACGUAUGGGGAGCUGCCUAUGCCUCGCAAGACGGAAACCUCUACGGUUCAGAGAACACCAGCGGUCAGAUUUGGAAGUUCCCUAUCGCCCCUUCGAUUGGAACUCCAAAGUUCCUGGCAACAGGUCCAUCGUCAUCCUGGAACGAUGGUGCAAGAUGUAUCGACAGUCAGACUCUAUAA